AUCAGCCGCUGAGCUGAGCCCAGGACGCGCGCACUUGCUGCUCGUUCUUUGUCCUCCAUUGCAGCUGGUGUUCGCAGCUCCGCCGCACAGCGCAGGCCCGAAGUAGCGCAGCCGCUCUGAGUGUGUUGAGAGAAACUGUAUCGGGUGAUGGAAGACCACACGGUGCAUCAGACAGAGCACAUGACCACUAUCGAGGCCCAUGCCGUCUCUCAGCAGGUCGGGCAGGUGCAUGUCGCCACGUACACAGAGCACGGCAUGCUGAGCGCUGAUGAGGAUUCGCCCUCCUCGCCUGAUGAUGACGCUUAUGAUGACUCGGACAUCCUCAACUCAACUGGAACAGAUGAGGUCACUGCACAUCUGGCUGCUGCAGGACCGGUUGGCAUGGCAGCAGCUGCCGCUGUAGCAACAGGGAAGAAACGUAAACGGCCGCACAUCUUUGAAUCAAACCCUUCAAUCCGUAAAAGACAACAGACCCGCUUGCUUAGGAAGCUGAGAGCGACUCUAGACGAGUACACGACACGGGUUGGCCAGCAGGCUAUUGUGUUGUGCAUCUCACCCUCUAAACCGAACCCUGUGUUCAGAGUAUUUGGAGCGGCGCCAUUAGAGAAUGUGGUGAGGAAAUACAAAAGCAUGAUUCUGGAGGAUCUGGAAAAUGCUCUGGCUGAACAUGCGCCCCCUGGAGGCGGGGAGCUCACCUCUGAAUUGCCUCCACUGACUAUUGACGGCAUACCAGUGUCUGUGGACAAGAUGACACAGGCCCAGCUCAGAGCGUUCAUUCCAGAAAUGCUAAAGUAUUCCACAGGCCGUGGGAAGCCUGGCUGGGGGAAAGAGAGCUGCAAGCCCAUCUGGUGGCCGGAGGACAUUCCUUGGGCCAACGUACGCAGUGACGUCCGAACAGAAGAGCAGAAACAGAGGGUGUCAUGGACGCAAGCCCUGAGGACUAUCGUUAAAAACUGCUAUAAGCAGCAUGGGAGAGAGGACCUGCUCUACGCCUUUGAGGACCAGAUCACCCCACAGCAAGUUGCCACAACAGCCACACACAGCAUCGCACACCUAGUGCCAUCACAAACCGUAGUGCAGACGAUCAGUAAUCCUGAUGGAACUGUCUCGCUCAUACAGGUUGGCACUGGAGCCACGGUAGCGACACUGGCAGAUGCGUCAGAAUUGCCAGGCACGGUGACAGUCGCCCAGGUGAAUUACUCCACAGUUACAGAUGGAGAGGUGGAGCAGAAUUGGGCCACACUACAGGGAGGCGAAAUGACCAUCCAGACCACGCAAGCGUCUGAGGCCACGCAGGCUGUGGCUUCCUUAGCCGAAGCUGCGGUUGCUGCAUCACAUGAGAUGCAACAGGGGGCAACUGUUACCAUGGCACUCAACAGGGUCGCUGAAAAGGACAAAUGCAGAAGUUUCUUCAUCUACAAUGAAGCAGCAGCUCACGCAGUGGCGACAUUAGCGGAAGCGACUCUUCAGGGCGGAGGACAGAUUGUGUUAGCGGGGGAAACGGCGGCCGCAGUUGGAGCUUUAACUGGAGUUUCUGAUGGCAGUGGUCUCGUCCAGAUUCCAGUCAGCAUGUAUCAGACGGUCGUCACCAGUUUGGCCCAGGGAAAUCGACCCGUUCAGGUGGCCAUGGCUCCCGUGGCCACGCGCAUCGACAACACGGUAACACUUGACGGACAGGCGGUGGAAGUGGUGACCCUAGAACAGUGACAUACUCUACCCCUGCAGAUGUGUGGGACAGGAAAUUCAGCACCGAUGUGAAGUGGCUGCUGGAGUAUAGUGUAAAAAUAAUAUUUGAACCUGUUCACAUACGUCUGCAGGGGUUGGAUGGCUUUUUCCUGUUAAUAUUAUUAUUGUUAUUUUUUUACAUUGUACACAGUUCAUUGUCUUACUUUUUUUUCCUAGUGUUGUUUAAUAUGUUGACAUUAGUUAUUUUUUUUUUUUUUAGCUGAUGUUUGAUAAAUGUAUUGCAACAAAAGAAAACAAAAUCAACCAAAUUUUCAGCCUUCAAAAACUGGCAUAAUUUGUUUCUUACUCCCCAGAUAAGUCAUUUUUGAUAUGUUUUCUCCUCAAUUUUUAUCUAGGUUUAUGUAUAUAUAUAUAUAUAUAUUGUGAACCAUCUUGUGCCAUAUUUGAAUCAUUUCAUUAAUAUAUUAUGUGAAAUUGCAUUACGAUUUUAGUGUUAGAUUCCAUUGACUACUGAGAUGACAUGCAUGGUUUUUUUUUUUUUUUUUUUGUCAGGCUGUAUAAUGUAGAAUUCUCUUUGUAUGCAUUUCACAUUAAUUCCCAAUGUAAAAAAAAAAAAAAAAAUGAUAUGACCUUGAAUGAUUGUGUGGUAUAUUGAAUGAGACCACCGUUUCCUGUCGGUACAGAAGAACACUGGCACUCAGUGCUGUCUAUAGACUUUCACUGAAUUGUACUAUUAAUCGAUAACUAUAAAUGUCGACGACUUACCAAUGACAAGGCUGAAGAUGUAGCACUCCGUAUCGUUCAACUUUUAUACUUCAAAUAAUGAACAGACGUUACAUAUUCAUGGUAUAUUAGCAUUUUGGAAACUGAUCUAGUUUUGAAACUGCUGGGGAAAAUGUUUUAUUUAUUUUUUAUUUAUUUUUCUUGGUUAGACGUGCGCUCAUAUCUUUAGAUUAACACAAAAAUCACACAUUGAAAGAGCUUAAGAUAUAAUACAUGGCAUAUUUUGAAUUCUGAUGUUAUUGCAUAUAUUGCAAAGAACUAUAAAUUCAUAUCUUUUUCUUUAUUUGUGUCAAAUAUGGAUGUUUUGUUCCUUUCACUCAUAACCCACUCUUGUCAAGUUUUCUGCUCCUGGUCGGUUUGAAUUUUUAUACUUCUGUAAGACUUGACGCAAUGAGAUCAUUUUAUGUAAAAUAUGUAAAAUAUAAGGUUGAUGAAACCUAGAUCUCCCAUGUUGCCGGUGAAAGAAUGAUGGUAACAUUGACGGAGUUUGUCUUUCCCUUUUUAUCCAGUCUUGGAAAUAAAGUGGCCACUAUUCAGAA